CUUAAACUGCAGCUCAGAAUGGCGUUGUCCCUCGUGUCCCCGGUGAGGUCAGACCUGCCCAGAGAAGUGCUCCAGUGGAUCCUGAACCUCCAGCUGUCCUUCUACCCCAGGAAUGUGCGCAGAGAUUUCUCCAAUGGUUACCUAGUUGCAGACAUCUUCUCCCGGUAUUACCCCAAAGUCUUUCUGCUGUAUUCAUAUAAGAAUGGAGCAGCGCUGUCCAUCAAACAGGACAACUGGAGACACAUACAGAAGUUCUUACAGAAACUCAACAUAAACUUGUCUCAGGAUUUGAUAAAUGGCACAAUGCACUUGGAAAAGGGAGCUGCUGAGAGGCUGUUGACAGAAAUAUACGGCAUUCUGACUCAACAAAACCCUGACGUUGGGAGUAGCCUGAACGCUGCCGAGUCUGACCUGAGCUCAGACACAGAGAGGAGAGAGGAGCUGCUCUCGUACAAGCCCAAGGAGAGGACACACAGCACCGAGCAGUUUUCAUCACCAUUUCCAGCUUCUGUUCCCUUUAAGGAAAUCAAAGUGCACCAACCCAUCAGACGCCACAUACAGCAGUAAAACCAC